AUGACUAUCAUUGUGUUUCAGUCCAACGGCCAAAGCGCAAAGCAACUCAGCGUGACCCAGCAUGACUCUCUUGGCAAGUCUAAGCCGAUGUUAUUGAGCAGCGGCAGAGCGCUAACGCACUGCAUCGCCCCACACCAAACUCUGGGGCAGUACGAUGGUGUCGUACUACGGAAGCGCUGCAACGAUAACUCUAUUCAAUCCUGCGACCACUGGUACACCUACUUUGGGCUUCAGGCCACUCGAAUGAUCCGAACGUGGGCUCGUUAUCCUCGACGAAGGCCCGCCAAGAACUGGUUACUCCUCCACCUCUUCAUGAUCAGUUCGGUGACGAGCUUCCAUCCACCCCUCACCUCGGAAAACGAAAGGGAACAGAGGAAAGAAUCCGCAGACAGAGACUCGUAUGACAGUGUUAAUGAAGAGUGGAAAUCAGAACUCGAUGAAAGCCUUGGGCAUGGUACCGCUCAAAAAGUUGGAACUGCAGCUUUUGAUCUUGCGGAACUUCAUCACACUACGCUUGAAGGCACUGGGUAG